UUGCCGUCGAAGUUUACGUAGGGGUGCCCACAACCGGCGCACUUCCCCUAUUUAUAAACAUCAUUUUCCUAUAACAUCAAAUUAUUUAUUUAAUGAAGCGUCGAGGAAAAAGAAGAAAAAAUUGAGAUUAAAUGCUGCUUUAAAUCGUUGUCCUGAAGGAAAUGAAGCUUUUAAACUUAUUAUGGCCCUACCACUGCUGCCUGCGAAUGAAAUCGAACAAGCGUUUAAUGACAUAGUCACAUCUUUAUCUGCUGCUACGCGAAGAAUAAUGGAACCAUUUUUUCACUAUUACAGACGACAAUGGAUACGGAAAGUAACACCGCAAAUUUUUAGUGUUUUCAAUCCACGAAGGCGUACAAACAAUAACAUAGAAUCGUAUCACAGAACUCUAAAGAUUCGAUUUGGUAUACAUUUGAACAUUUGGACUUUUACUGACAACCUCGUCAAAUUUCAAGAAUGUCUGCAAAUAGACCUUAAAUCUCUUCGCCAAGGACAGAAUAUUAGUAGAUUGCCUAAAGUCGGUUCUACAAUGGGCACGGUCGUUCGUGUUCGCUAUCGUGAACGUGUACGUGCUGACGUCAUGAACGUGCUGUUGCCAACUGUUUGA